AUGCAAGCAUGCCGUGCGCCGAACGGGUACUGGACUCUGCCGCCGUCUGAAUCGGCGUUGCUGCUUCAUGAAGUUGAGCGAAAGUCCUAUGUGCGGCUUGUCAAGGCUGAUGCCGAGCCGAAACGGAAACAGUCGUUGUGUGCCGGUGAGCGCGUAUUGGAGUUGCCGCUGGAAAUGCUAAAGGAUAUCUUCCAGUCACUGGACAUCGUUGAAAGGCUGCGCUGCCGCCACACCUGUCAGCUAUGGGAUGCUAUUCUCACGACGGCGGAACUGUGUAGCGAUGUGCGUGUAUCGCGGCAGUCGUCAAACGCACCAAAUCGGCAAAAAUGGUGGAAGCCAAUCAGCAAUAGCCCGGCAAUUAUUAAAUCCAAAACUCCGCCCCUGCCGGCGCCAACCACGGGCGCCGCCGCCGGCGAUUCGAAUACACCGACCAAAGUGUUACCAGACGCUCUGUGGGCCACAGGCUCCAGGAUUAUCGGCGGUGUGGAGGCGCAGGAAGAAAGCUGGCCGUGGAUUGUGGCACUCAUCCAGUUCCGGCCGGAAUACAUGCCGCCCGUCUACCAGUUUUGUGCUGCCAGUCUGAUUAGCGAUCGCUGGAUCGUGACUGCCGGUCACUGCGUGGACAACCACCCCGACGACUUCCUCACCACCCACAUUAAAGCGGUGGUCGGGAUUACCGACAUUAAACAAGUGCUCACCCAGCCGGAGCUACUGCUGCCCAUCUCCCGGGUUUUCCACCAUCCGGACUACGACAAUCCCAAGGACAACACUAACAAUGAUGUGGCCCUGCUGGAGCUGGCGGAGCCUGUCAAGUUCACCUCGCGUAUCCAGCCUAUCUGCUUGCCGACGCAUCCGUCCACGGAUCUGGCCAGUGCCGCCAAUAUUGACAAAGAACGCGACGGAAAGAAAGUGGCAUUUGUUGCUGGAUGGGGGCAUUUGGUGGAAAACCAAGGACGGAGCGACAAUAAUUUCGCCGUUCCUAUCUUGAUCUUGGGCAUCGGUUCGGAUAAACUGCAGCAAGUGGCCAUUGAUUUGUAUGACCGGACUACGUGCUUUAAACAGCUGGAAGAGUUCACAUUCACUGAUUGAUGCUUUAUUCGGAUUGUAUCAUACUGGUAUAUCUAUAUGUACUGGUAUAUCCGGCGCAAAAAUAACUAACUGCCGUGAAUUUGUGGGUUUGUGGUGGCUUCCGGGAAAAUUGGAAAAAUUCCUGCCAAGGCGACAGCGGUGGCCCGUUGGUGGCUAAGGACAAGGAUGGGCACCACGAGCUGAUCGGAGUGGUGUCGUGGGCCGACGUGGGGGAAGGGCUGCGCGCAGCCCGGUGU